CGCCCGGUAUUAGACGCCGCAGGUAGCGUAUAUAUGAAGAGUUGAAAGGAUUGAAACCGGUAUUUCCGAUUUUGCUCGUUUCACAUCAUAUUCUUUUGCCAGGGAUGCUAGAUGUGCCUCCCGAGGGUAUCCACCAACCUACGGCGGGAGUGCUAGUACUGCCUUCUGACGUUGCAAAAUCCUCGUCUUCUGCUCCCAACGACGACACCUUUGUGGAGUUCUCACGCGAACGCGCCCUUGACUCGCAGGCCCGUGGCGGGUACUGGGAUUACAUCGAUGCUGUUGUUCCGCAAACGGAUGAUCCCACCGAGUUGGCUUUGACGUGGAGGGUGUGGAUCAUCGGCACCUUCUUUGUGAUCCUGUUUGCGGUUCCAAACACAGUCCUCACCUUCAGGACCAAUUUCUUCUCCAUCCCGAACCUCGUCGGUAUAUUGCUUACGUUGCCCGUAGGCCGAUUCAUGGGUAGAGUCUUACCCGCAGGACGAUUGAAUCCCGGUCCCUUCACAAUGAAGGAACACGUACUGAUCUCCAUCAUGGUCGGCUCCGCCUUCCUCCCGCUGGGCGUCUUCAACUUUGUGACUCAGAAGUACGUCUUCAAGCAGGCUUCGCUCAGCCUGGUCGGUGGCUUGGGAUUCGUGCUCGGAUCUCAGAUGGUUGGCUACGGGUUGGCGGGAAUAUGUCGACAGUUUCUGGUUCGGCCGGCGAGUUUCUUCUGGCCAACAGUUCUCACUGACGUUGCCCUCUACCAAACACUCCAUACGAAGCGUGCCACCGCCGCCGAUCAAAGAGAGAGCUGCGAUGAGGUUGAUUCUGACAUCUCUUCCCCCGCCUCGUACAUGUCAAUCACGAGCUUUUUCUGGUUGACGUUCGCCGGCGCUGCCAUCUGGCAGUGGUUUCCCGCGUACGUGGCGCCGCUGUUCACAUCCAUGUCGAUCCUUUGCGCAAGCUCCAACAGCGCCAUGCGGUUGUGGGGGUCCGCCUUCCCCGGCAGAGGGAUGGGCCUGCUCUCAAUCACCUUCGACUGGUCCCUCAUUGGGCGAUGGUCACCCCUCGAGUCCCCGUGGUGGACCCACGUGUGCCAGUUUGGAGGGUUGUAUUUCACCAUGUACGUGAUCGUUCCUAUCCUGUAUUACACGAACGCCUUCGGAAUGGACCAAGCGCUCCAGGAACCGAGAGGAUCUCCACACGGCGUCUUGAACUCGCUCGUUCUUUUCAACAAAACCGGGUUGCCCUUUAUGUCGGAAAGGGCCAUGGACCCCAACGGAAACCUGAUCCCCAGCGCGUACGAGAGUCAGAAGCCAAUCUAUAUUUCGACUUUCUAUGCCGUCACCAUCGGUUUGGCGCUGAUGGCCUAUGUUGCUUCCAUUUGCCAUACCUUACUCUGGUACGGGAAGGAUAUCAAAUGCCGCUUGGUUGAGCGGUCCAAGGCGGACCCGAAUGAGGAGGACAUUCAUUGUCGGCUCAUGAGAGCAUACCCCGACAUCCCUGCUCUUUGGUACAUCGCGCUGAUGGUUAUCUCGGUCCCACUUCUGAUCGCUGUUUGUGAGAAAGGCGGUUUCGCCCUGUCAUGGUGGGGUGUGCUGCUCGCUAUCGCCUUUGCGGUGGUGUCGAUGGUCCCGAUCGGCAUCGUCCAGGCCAUCUCGGGUUACCAACUCCCGCUGGAUACGAUUUCUCUGUUUAUCAGCGGUCUUAUCUUUGAAGGACAAACGUUCGCGGUUCUCUCUUUCAAGACGAUUUCGUAUAUGGGCAUGUCGCAAGCGUUGGUGCUUGUGAAGGACAUGAAGAUUGCUCAUUACAUGAAGAUCCCUCCUCGGGACAUGUUCAUCGCUCAACUGUACGGCAAGCUCCUCAGCGCAAUCAUCAUGCCCCUGAUCGCCGUCCUCGUAAUGGAAAACUGGACCGACACACUGCUCAAGGAGCCACAAUGGCAGUACGUCGCCUACCGCCAUUUUGCCUCCAACGCCAUCAUCUGGGGAACCAUCGGCACUCGGCAGUUCGUCGGGCUGGGCACGCCGUACUCCAAACUCCUGUGGGCCCUCCCCCUCGGUGCGCUGCUGCCUGUCAUCCCUUGGCUGUGCUACCGUAGAUGGGGUGGCAACUGGAAGUUGGUCAAUGUUCCGUUGAUUACCAUGAUUGGCGUUGCGCCGCAAUCGUACCAGACGACGUUGACGCCUGUUCUGGUUGGGUUUGCGUCCAAUUUCUAUAUGAAACGCUUUCAUCACCGCAUUUGGGCGCGGUACAACUAUGUUAUGGCCGCCGCUUUGAGUGCGGGCACGGCCGUCACGUUAGUUCUCAUAGCGUUGAUUUUCGGCAUUCAGCAGAUUAAGAUGCCGAGAUACUCUUUGAACCCGAGCGACGGAGAUUACUGCACGGCUUAGUUUCCAGUGGCGUACGGUACAUGAAAGAGCCUUUGAUCAUAGAGCGGUGAUGUACGGUGAUUUGGAUUGUAUUAGAUGAAUAAACUCAUUGGCGCGAUCGAGAUCAUGCCGUCCUUCUUCGAAAACAACCAUGCCUAGUGGGAAACAAACGAUCCAGGCGAAUUCCAUGUCGAUCGUUGAUCAUUGGAACGCGA